AUCGCAGUUGCUGGGCUUGUAACCAUUCCGUGCAGCUUGCGUCCGGGCACGCCGUUCCCUUGUAAGGAAGAGACGCUGUCCCUGUUUUCCACGCUCUGUGGGCUUUUUGAAACUUUGUAUGCUUGGCCUCCCUUGAAACGACACCUCAAGAGCCAUUUUCUUUCUUCUUUUCCUUCUGCUCUCCAAGACACCAGGACAGACAGCCCUGCUGGCGCACCCUGAGCAGGGCACGCGGAGAAUGAGCGCUGUGGAAGGCGCCUCGGAGCCCGCGGAGUGUGCUGACCCAUCAAGAGGAAAGAGCUCGACAAAUCCUCUUGAACGGAAGAUAAGGUGCCUGGAAAAACAGAGAAAAGAGCUCCUGGAGGUGAACCGGCAGUGGGACCAGCAGUUCCGAAGCAUGAAGGAGCUGUACGCCGGGAAGCUUGCAGAGCUGCAGACGAAGCUGGAGGCCACAGAGCGACUCCUCAGCGGCCUGGAGAAGGAAAAGCAGACCCUGAGCGAAGAAUUACUCGCAUUGAAGAAAGAAAACAAGCUGCUGAAGGAGAACAAUGCUGCCAUGAGCAGGAGGCGGGAGCAUUAUGAAUGUGAAAUAAAACGCCUUAACAAGGCUCUUCAGGAGGCCCUGAAGGUCGAGUGCUCUCCGCUUCCCGAGGACCGUCUGGGGGGACCUGUGAUGGGGUGCGGGCACGAGGACAUGAGGACAGAGAUGGAGGUGCUCAAACAGCAGGUGCAGAUCUACGAGGAAGACUUCAGAAGGGAGAGGUCGGACCGAGAGAGACUCAACCGGGAGAAAGAGCAGCUGCAGCAAAUGAACCGGACGUCGCAAUCCCAGCUGAACCAGCUGAAGUCCGAGAUGCGCAUCCCGCCCUGUCGCUGCGAUCUGGGUCUCCACCUGCCGGACGCGGGCGCACCUGCCGGCCCCGGGGCUGUGCCGGACCUGCCGAGGCUCCCGAGUGACGGGGCCACACACUCUGUGGUUGACUUGCCAUAUGGUGUCCACAGAGACAUGGACAUUCACUGCAAGGCGCCCCAUUGA